CGUUCCAUGCGCGCGCACCGCCGCGGGGGCGAUACCGAGUAUGCUUGCCUGACAGCUCACAACACAGCCUCGCCAAGGGAAACAAACGGAGGGCGUAAUUUUUCUCGUGACACCAUGCGAUUGUUGAAUGCCUCACUUCCUCAGCUCUCUCUUGGACUCCUCGUGCCUUUCAUACGGCGCCUUCCUACCCUUUGACAACUAUGACGUGGAAGAGUCGCACAUCGCUCGCCGUUGCCGGCGCUCUAUGUAUCUUCCUUUUGAUUGCUACGGGCUUCAUCGCGAAUACACGUCCUGAAGGAUUCUAUAUCCCAUCGUUAUCCAACGCGCAGCCCUCACAGGAGGCGGAACGUGACGAAGGCGUCCCUACUCCAGCUCCAUCGUCACAACAUGCGAUCGAGGGCAUAGCCACCCAGGCACCAGUGGAGUCGUUGCAGGCGUUGUCCAGAUUCGAUGGCUACGGCCUUGCCUCCGGAGAGUGUGAUGCAGAGUUUAAAGACUUGUUCAAGGAGAUAGGUCGUGCGGCGGCGCACAGAAAGGACACUGGGAAUGUAACUUCGUCGGAUAUCGAUCUCCACUGGAAGCAAGACGGUGCUCUAAGGGCAAUGAUAUGGAGACAAAAGCUCUUUAUUCUUGAUUCCAAAAUCGACGGGGAAUACGUUGCUCCCCGUGCGCUUUCUAUUCUGCACCAGAUUGACCGUGCGAUUACUACAAGCCCGGAGCCAGUUCCUGACAUCGAGUUCUCCCUCAUGAUUACAGAUCUGCCCGAUGAUGCGACCACCGAAAGCCAUACUAACCAUACGUUCUGGGCGCUCUCUAGGCUGUCAGAUGACAAGAACACGUGGCUCAUGCCGGACUUUGGCUAUUGGUCGUGGCCCCUGGACCUGGUGGGCUCUUAUGAACAGAUUCGUGUGGAAAUGGCACAGAAUCAGCUGCCGUGGCAAGAGAGGAUUUCAAAGCUGCUUUGGCGAGGUGCAUUAAAGACGAACAAGUUACGUCAGACCAUGUACCAAGCUACACGGGGAAAGAGUUGGGCCGACAUCGAAGAGGUCAAGUGGCAGAACAGAACAGAGGUCUCAGCAGGCUCCGCUGCCUCGGCAGUUUCCAUGGCGGACCAUUGCAAAUACCAGUACCUCCUGCAUACUGAGGGCCGGAGUUACUCUGGUCGAGGGAAGUAUCUCCUGAACUGCGGCUCGGUAGUGAUCAUGCACAAAAGCGAGUGGAUUGAGCCGCACCAGGAUGUUUAUGUCGCGUCAGGCGCUGAGCAGAAUAUCGUCGAGGUGGAGCGGGACUUCUCCGACUUGGAAGGGAAAAUGCAGCAACUUUUGAACCAGCCCAUGCUCGCGGAAUCAAUUGCGAAGAACAGCCAGAAGACAUUCCGGGAUCGGUACAUGACGCCAGCAGCACAGACUUGCUACUGGAGGAAGCUCUUCCACGCUUGGGCAGAAGUGAGUUUCCGACCAGAGCCGUUCGAGGUGGUCAAUGGAAAAGCACGGUUGCGCGGUGUCCCCUUCGAAACCUUUGUGAUCAAAGCACUGUCUAGAUCCUCCGCAGAGUGCUCAUUCUGGAAGAAGCUGACCUUGCAAUGCUGAUAAUCAAACCCUCGAGUGUCGAAUGCACGAGAGGCAUUCAUAUAACGAGAGCUGCACAACACGUGUAGGAAGAGAGCGCCAACGGCGACUCCUGACCCGCAUGCUAGGAGAGGGAGCUCCCGAUGGUGUUGCAGACAGAGGAAAUAGGGCAACCAACGGCCAUCGCGAGGAGCAGGAGGGAAUUCGCGGCAGAGUGAGUCAUCUCUGGGGGAAGAUAUCAUUGACGGGAAAGCACCCGGGCAGGCAUAAACGCGCCACGGGUAGCAAUACAUGCGGGUGGGU